GACGACCCCCCUCUCUCGGCCCGGCCAUCUUGUGGGAAGAGCUGAAGCAGGCGCUCUUGGCUCGGCGCGGCCCGCUGCAAUCCGUGGAGGAACGCGCCGGCGAGCCACCAUCAUGCCUGGGCACUUACAGGAAGGCUUCGGCUGCGUGGUCACCAACCGAUUCGACCAGUUAUUUGACGACGAAUCGGACCCCUUUGAGGUGUUGAAGGCAGCAGAGAACAAGAAAAAAGAAGCCGGCGGGGGCGGCGUUGGGGGCCCUGGGGCCAAGAGCGCAGCUCAGGCCGCAGCCCAGACCAACUCCACCGCGGCGGGCAAACAGCUGCGUAAAGAGUCCCAGAAAGACCGCAAGAACCCGCUGCCCCCCAGCGUUGGCGUGGCUGACAAGAAAGAGGAGACGCAGCCGCCCGUGGCGCUUAAGAAAGAAGGAAUAAGACGUGUUGGAAGAAGACCUGAUCAACAGCUGCAGGGUGAAGGGAAAAUAAUUGACAGGAGACCAGAAAGGCGACCACCUCGUGAACGACGAUUUGAAAAGCCACUUGAAGAAAAGGGUGAAGGAGGAGAAUUUUCAGUUGAUAGACCGAUUAUUGACCGGCCUAUCCGAGGCCGUGGUGGUCUUGGAAGAGGUCGAGGAGGCCGUGGACGUGGAAUGGGCCGAGGAGAUGGAUUUGAUUCUCGUGGCAAACGUGAAUUUGAUAGGCAUAGUGGAAGUGAUAGAUCUUCUUUUUCACAUUACAGUGGCCUGAAGCAUGAGGACAAACGUGGAGGUAGCGGAUCUCACAACUGGGGAACUGUCAAAGAUGAAUUAACAGAGUCCCCAAAAUACAUUCAGAAACAAAUAUCUUAUAAUUGCAGUGACUUGGAUCAAUCAAAUGUGACUGAGGAAACACCUGAAGGUGAAGAACAUCCAGUUGCAGACACUGAAAAUAAGGAGAAUGAAGUUGAAGAAGUAAAGGAAGAGGGUCCAAAAGAAAUGACUUUGGAUGAGUGGAAAGCUAUUCAAAAUAAGGACCGGGCAAAAGUAGAAUUUAAUAUCCGAAAACCAAAUGAAGGUGCUGAUGGGCAGUGGAAGAAGGGAUUUGUUCUUCAUAAGUCAAAGAGUGAAGAGGCUCAUGCUGAAGAUUCGGUUAUGGACCAUCAUUUCCGGAAGCCAGCAAAUGAUAUAACGUCUCAGCUGGAGAUCAAUUUUGGAGACCUUGGCCGCCCAGGACGUGGUGGCAGGGGAGGACGAGGUGGCCGUGGGCGUGGUGGACGUCCAAACCGUGGCAGCAGAACUGACAAGUCAAGUGCUUCUGCUCCUGAUGUAGAUGACCCUGAGGCAUUCCCAGCUCUGGCUUAACUGGAUGCCCUAAGACAACCCUGGUUCCUUUGUGGACCCUCCCAUCUGAGGUUUUGCAUGCUUAAGGAUCCCAAACGACUUAAGAAUUUAAAAAAAAAAAAAAAAAAAGACUGUCAUUCAUACCAUUCACACCUAAAGACUGAAUUUUAUCUGUUUUGAAAAUGAACUUCUCUCGCUACACAGAAGUAACAAUAUGGUAGUCAGUUUUGUAUUUAGAAAUGUAUUGGUAGCAGGGAUGUUUUCAUAAUUUUCAGAGAUUAUGCAUUCUUCAUGAAUACUUUUGUAUUGCUGCUUGCAAAUAUGCAUUUCCAAACUUGAAAUAUAGGUGUGAACAGUGUGUACCAGUUUAAAGCUUUCACUUCAUUUGUGUUUUUUAAUUAAGGAUUUAGAUGUUCUCCCAAUUACAAACUGGUUUUAAAUAUUGGA